GGCAAAAUGGCGAUUACAAAGACAUUGUAAAGUUCAGUAACAUUACGUUAGGAUUGACGUUGACGUUGACUUUGAUGUACUUUUGACAUUGACAAUAUUGACAUUACCGAUACUGAUGGUUUGAAACGGAGUGAGUCGGAGUGUGUGUUCAUAGAUUCAUACUUCAUAGGAUUUUUAAUCCAAUUUCAUUCAUGUUGCUGAGCGGGAAAAGUUAAUGUCGUUAAACUAAUAACAUUAACAAGUAAACUCAAUGAGAUUUAUCUCAAAGCCAUCACUGAAACUCUAUGCAACGAUAAUAACCAAGAGUAUCAAAUAUUCACUGUGUUUAAGUACGAUGAAUAUGGAUAUGGAUGGUGGUAGUGACAAUAACUGGAGAGGAGUGCCUUUGAGUGAGUUGUACGGGUCACAAUCUCCGUGGGGAGCGCCGGAAUUCCGGCUCGUUUCGCCUUCGCACAACCAUGCAGUUUUGUACCAUGUGCCGAGUAGCGGCUGUGUGGCUGCUGACAGGCCACCGAAACCGCAGAUUGGACAGGACAAAUGGGACUCCGAUCAUGUUCGGAUGCCGUGUUCUGAUCAGAGUCUUUACCCAGUGGUGGAUAAUAAUGGUGUGAGCCAUCUCAAGAAGCGUUGGGAGAUGAUAGAGAAUGCUCUAUCAAAACCAAUACGCAAUAGCCAUGAGUUGGGCAAUGCCAUACUCAGCUACAACACUAACUUCCGGAAUACUUGGAAGUUCAGAGGACUGCAUAAACUGUUUGAUGAGUAUUUAGAAGAAGAGGAAACUCAAUACUUUUUUGAUGUCACUCUACCAGAGGUUAUAAAACUAGCUCUGGACCUUCCUAAAUUGGUGCAGGCGCCGAUACCUUUACUCAAGCAACACAAGAACUUCUCAGUGUCUCUCUCCCAGCAACAGAUAGCGAGUCUCCUUGCCAAUGCAUUCUUCUGCACAUUUCCAAGAAGGAACGCCACUAAGAAGACUUCUGAAUAUGCUUCAUAUCCUUUCAUUAAUUUCAACUCGUCUGGUCUCUACGAGUCUACUAACUCAGAUGCUAACUUGGAAAAACUGAAAUGUAUCUGUCAUUACUUCAGAAGAAUUGUGACUAAAGUCCCGGUCGGUACGCUGACGUUCAGCCGUCGCUCGGUGCCGCCGCGCGACUGUCCAUCAUGGCCCAAGUCUACCAGACCAAUAGGAUCCAUACCAUUACACGUGGAACCGCUCAGCACUAUUGAAGAUGCCGACUCUUUGAUUCAGAUUGAUUUUGCUAACAAGUUUCUUGGCGGGGGUUCAGAACGCUACAGCAAGUACGUGGGCUACGGUUACAGUUUCCAGUUCGCGGGCGACCACAGAGACAACACGCCGCGCGACUCCUCCGGACGACGACGCUGUGCUGUACUAGCCAUAGAUGCAGUACCGUACAAUAGUCUAGCGCAAGAGUUCCGCAGAGAUGCUAUCACUAGAGAACUUAAUAAGGCAUGGGUGGGCAUAUCAUUCGAUACAGACAGUAGCUCCGACCGGCUGCAGUACCCCGGCGUGGCCACCGGCAACUGGGGCUGCGGCGCGUUCGGCGGCACGCCGCACUUGAAGAGCCUCGUGCAGGUCAUGGCGAGCGCGCAGGCCCGCCGCCCCAUGGCGUACUACACCUUCGGGGACACGCAGCUCAGGGACGACAUCGCCAACAUGUACAACUUAUUGGCGCGACACAAUGUCACUGUUGUGUUAAAGGAGAACAAUGAAUCAUCACAGAACUCCAGCGAUAACAUGAUGGAUACUAGCGUCACCGAGUCGACACCAGUUACAGUAGUUAUCGAAGAUGAAUUAACAGACAAUUCCCCAGACUUAUUCUCUCAAGAUGAAAUGGACCAAAGUUUACUCGAAGCGACAAUACAAUCAGAAAGGAUAGCCAACAAAACAGACAUCAAACCAGAAACCACAAACAUGGUUAAAAAACCAAAAACCAACACCACUCAGCAGGUAAGAACUGUACAGCCCACGAAUCAUCUAACAGAGCAACAGAUCGAGCAACAAAUCACCCAACAAAUCGACCAACAAGUUGACCAACACAUUGAACAAAAAGAAUCAUCGAAAUCCCCACCUACUGCAGAUACAAAGAAAAUGUCUUUACUAGACGCCGUCACAAUUAUGGAGGAAGAUAACAAACAUGAACAACAUACAUCGCUUGCAUCAAAUAAAAGGUUCUCAUUACUAAGCGAUACAAAACCAGCAAUGGUUAGUGAAACCGAAUCAACACCGGAACGCAAAAAGAGCACGCCUAAGAAAAAAAUAACAGAUUAUUUUAGUACAAGGAAUAAAUAA